AGAGGGAUGGGAUGCCUUUCAAAUGUCUAUGGUGGAAUGAAGGCUUUGGCCAAGGUGCUAUAUUUGAAAUGGGUAACCACAGAAGACAUCAAUGUCGCCAGCGUCUUGCACUGUGUCCAUACUGUGGUCAGUUGCUGACCAUGGCAAAGUAUGUGUCCCACCUGGCAGAGGAACAUCUUUAUGAUGAUGACACCGGCACAGAAAAGGAAACCCAGGAAAUAACUACGUCCACUGCUCACAGUGCAAAUAUUAUUUCCCCUAAGCAAAAUCAUUGGACCACAGAUCAACAGCAGUGCAUACAGCCACCUGUCGUUAACAGUGGGUGCAAAGUUCAAGAUGAAUCUGAGGAUGCCACGUGGGAAGAACUCGUCCAGCUCACAACACAUCCAAACCUGUCAAAUGUUCGUCACCUUCGUCAAGAUUCCGCAGGGAAAAACAAGAUUCCACAUGACACAAUGAAAAACAUAUUGGGUGUUCCUAAAAAUGUGCAUCAGUUCUCCAAGUCAGGGGACCCUAAUGAGGAAACAACAGCUGGAUUUCAAGAGGGUACCUGUCUAUGUGACCCGAUGGGCUCUUCAAAAUUUGUGCCAGAAUUUGAGGGGUGUAAGUCUGUCGGAAAUGCACCAGGUGUUCCUGGUAACUCUGCCACAAUUUCAAAGGGCAACACACAGGGAAGGGAGAACAGAGAGAGAGAUGGUCCUAGCUUUAGAGGUGUGGGUGUCACAGAAACGGUGGGCAAGGAACCUCAAGAUGUGGACUGCGAGGCACACUGUGGUGCCAUACCAGAAGAUAGUACAGAACCACAGUUUGGUGAGUGUCGGCUUGCUCCAGACCCGGAGUCAUCCUACAAGGCCAACGUUCAUGUUGAGAAAGCAAGACAGACUUCUUCGGCUGGGGCCAAGACAAGCUUUCCAAAUGGCACAGUGUUCACAGGGACCGGGUCAGAUAGCAACAUGUCAAUUAUAGACACAAGUAGAAGGGAUGGUGAGACUGCCACAGGGACCAGGACAAAGUGCAGUAUAGCUGGGACAGGGGCUCAUAUAUUAGACAGCGAACAUGGCUUAGCAAGUGAGACCAAUCGAAUUGAAUUCAAAGCCCCAUACAUAGACAAAAAAUUAUCUAUGCAGGUCAGAGAUGCAAACGGGAGAACUUCUCCAGAGAAAAUUACAGGCAAAACAAAGGGUGGGAAUUUAAUAGUGGAAGUUGUUGAAUCAGAGCAAGCAAGUAAAAGUAGUACCUCAGCAACUGAGCUCAGUUGGAGGCAAAGUGGAAGCUACACUAUAAUAGGUGAAGUUAGAAUGGACAAUAAGAGUUGUCAGGUGGUUGUAGAUGAAGAUUUCUUGGACUUGGGUGAAAGUGAAGUUGACAGUGAUUAUCACGCUGAGAUCACAAAUUUCAACUGUGCAAACGGUGAAGUUGCAAUGGUUUUAAAGCGUAAAAGUUUGUCAGCCAUAAAGAACCAAAAGAGCUGGAGCUUUAGCACCAGCGAUGACUUUGUGACGAAGAAUGUCCGAGAGGUUUCAGAUCAUCUGCCAGCUGCUUCAGACGGUUACAAUGAAUUAGACCCUUGCUGUAGGAAAGAGACUGAGUCUAAUCAUGAUUUGGCCAGUGGAGACAAGGGUUUCGACCAAGAAGAGGGCUUUGUUCUUGUAAGUCCCGAGGAUUUAUCAGAUUUCCCGGAGCGAGGAAACAGCAUAACCAUGCCAAAGAAUUGCUUUUUGAAACUUUUUGGUAGAAAAAAUAAGGAAACAAAAGCAAGAAGUCAGAGCUGCCCUGUCAAGAACAAAGAACCAGUUCACGUCGAGUCCCCAAGAAAGUUUCAAGGAUUUAAAAGUCUUUUCCGAGGAAAUCUUUGCCCAUUCAGUUUAAAAGACACCAUCGACCACCUGUAUGAAAAGAGCUACCUGACCUUGAAAGAAAAAAAGAAGUUUGAAACACAUGCCAAAAAAGUCAAAACCUUGCUCUGCCCACUGGACGAAGCCCUGUACCGUUCAAUAGAGUACCACAAUCCUGAUUUAUUCGGUGUGGUCCAAGAUGUCAUCAAGGCUUUUCAGGCUGGGAACCUGGAUAGAAAUAUCACCUUUUUUGAACACGUGUGUGAGCGUUAUGCAGUGAUUUUCAAGCGCAGGCGGAAGCAGAAGAAAGAUGGCGGUCAGUUAACUUUUUCGUCAAAUUUCUCAUCACAGCAGUCAUGUAAUGAAAAAGCCUCUCAAAAAGUUGCAGAUGAGGUGCUUCCCCCAGGCGUGGCAGAGUGCUUGUUUCUGAACAAAAAUUUGAAGCAUGGUUUGUAAUCAGGAUGGAGACAAGAUAAAAUUCUUCCCUACCCAAGUUCUUGUUCUGAGGAGCGAGUCAGCUUGUAACAAAUAUAGCUGCUUAAUUUUAAUCAUGCAAAUCAAAGACUUUUUUUAUUGUUGUCAUUUUAUCAAACUUAAUGUACCAUAAUUGUUGAUUAUUUUAGAUGUUAUAACACUUGAAAAGUGUUUGGUGAUUAAUAAUUACCUCUCCCAAGGAGCUUAUCUUUGUUGUUCCAUUUGUCUGUCUGUAAUCAACAUUAUGGAAAUAGUUAUGUAAGGAUUUUGUUGAAAGUUUCUGAAACAUGGAAAUGUACAAGUAGCAAAGAUUUAGAAACUGGUGGUGUCUAUACACCGAUUAAUUAGUCAGUUAAUAAAAAUGAGAAUUGAGCUUCCUUGGCGGAGGCCGACAUUCUCCAGGUGCUUUUUUAGUUGAUUUUUAUAUUAUUGAAGAUAUUAUGAAUGCUACACGUUAACAUUUUAUAAACCAUUUUAAAAACCCAGUCAAAGUUCUUGUAUUUGAUUUUUGAAGGUUAUGGUAGUGUUAGAUUAUUUUAAAAUUAUUAUAUUAAGUUGGGGUCAGUACUGAUAGUGUCUGGUGAGGAGUUUGUACCUCUGCCUUUUAAAACUCAUCUUGUUGUUUAGUAAUAGUAAUUAGUAAUAGGUUGGAUCUCAUAAUUUUUGUUAUUAUUUGUCAAAUUUUUUAAUCUAAGCAAAAUGCAAAUGAGAAAAAUAUGUUUAUUGAUAGAUAUAAAAAGCUGUAUGGAAUUAAGAUGGAAAACUUGCAUAUGUCUUUACAUAUAUAUAUAGAGAGAGAAAGAGAGACGUAGUAGUGAAGUACAGUUUGUGAUUUACAAAGGGGUUAAAAUCCUAAGACAUUAAUAUGGUGAGUCUGUGGGUAAUUUUGACAUUUUGUCUCUUUUACAGACAGUCCUUUAAAAUGAUAUUUACUCUGGGUAACUUCAUAUUUUGGUUUUCUUCACCCCAGAUGUGUUCAUGAAGUAUAGCACAGGUACUGAGCCUAGGCCCCCUUUAUUUACUCUGGAUGGCGUCCUUUCUCGCUGUG